UCCAAAGAAGCCUGAUCUUGUCCAGGGAGACUCAGACAGAACUGGAUUAUAUUUCUCAUCUUCACCCUUUUUUUCUGCUGCUCUUCUGGGUUCUUGGCUGAAGACGUUCCAGGAAAGCGAGGACAAAGCAAGAUGACCACUAAGUGUUGCAUGUCCAUGAUCACCACUUGGAAGGAAGAUCCCCAUCCAAUAUCACUCUGAUAUCAGCUACAAAUACAAUGGACCUGGACUGACCUGUGAUCAGACCUGGGACACAAACUCGCGGUCCAACAUUCCAUCAGACAUGAGUGGAGGCAAGCGUCCCGGGAUCAAGGGCCUGGUGUCCGGCUCCCAGGAGCGCCGUCGUUUCAAGAGCGACCUGUCCGUGGACAUGAUCAGCCCGCCCAUGGGCGACUUCCGCCACACCAUGCACGUGGGCCGCGGCGGGGACGUGUUUGGAGACACUUCCUUCCUGAGCAACUACGGCGGCGCCAAGGAACCGAGCAGCCCGGACUCGGCACACAGCUCCAAGUCCAACGGCUUUUUCACGCGCACUUUCAGGCACAUACGGAAGAAUUCCGGGCCGCGGGGAGAAGCGCGGGACUUGUCGUCGCCGCCACCAGACAUCUCGCCCAUCAUCAAGAACGCCAUCUCUCUGCCUCAACUCAACCUGGAUUCUCCAAACGGAUCCCUGCAGAGGCUCACCAUCCCAAACUCCAUCAGCUCAACAGAUGGCUCCAUCUGCACGUAUGGUCUCCAGUCCGGAUUUGUCACGCUGCCGCGCUUCUCUCGCCCGGACAAAGCCUUCCCAGACGGAGACGUCCUCAGAAGAUCCGUGCGCGAGCACCGCGGCAAAGCCCCAACCCGCUCGGACUCCCUGACCUCCUUCAGCCUGGACCUGGGCCCCUCCCUGAUGACUGAGGUCCUGGGCUUGUUGGACCAGCGGGCCGCAGGUGAGGAAGAGGACGGCAGCUCCACAACAGACACUUUUGUCAGCCCCGGGGCCAGCUCCACAAACUCCCCGAGAAGGAACGCAGAGGGUCAGGAGGACCCCCGCAGCACCAGCUGGACCCAGGAGGAGGAGGACAGGUCUCAGGAGGACCCCCGCAGCACCAGCUGGACCCAGGAGGAGGACAGGUCUCAGGAGGACCCCCGCAGAACCAGCUGGACCCAGGAGGAGGACAGGUCUCAGGAGGACCCCCGCAGCACCAGCUGGACCCAGGAGGAGGACAGGUCUCAGGAGGACCCCCGCAGAACCAGCUGGAUGGAGGAGGACAGGUCUCAGGAGGACCCCCGCAGCACCAGCUGGACCCAGGAGGAGGACAGGUCUCCUCACACGUCUCCUGCCAGGGCGGAACCCGCCAUGGAGUCGGAGCGCUUCCAGAAGGCGGCGGACGUUUUGUCUCGACAUUACGGGGGAGGCGCCGUCAAGAGGAGCUUUUCCAAAACGUCCUACACCUUCUCGGAAGAAGAGGAGGAAAUCAAAGUGUAGAUGAGGACACUGAUGGAAUGUUGUCACUUUGCAUACUCACUUGGAACUGUGCAUGGAAUUAUGACCUGGGCUGUCAAAGCUCAUGAUCAACUCAUCACUUGGAAUUAAUCACACAACUUCAACUGUUUGGAGGAAAUAAAUGUUCUAUCUACAAACCCCACAAGCAGUGAAGUUGUCACCUUGUGUAAAGGCUAAAUAACAAGAGAAUACAACAAAUCAUUUUCAACUUAUAUUCAAUUGAAUAGACUGAGAAACUCUCUUAUUUUUUGCAAAUAUUAGCUCAUUUGGAAUUUGACGCCUGCAACAUGUUUCAAAAAAGCUGGCACAAGUGGCAAAAAAGAGUGAGAAAGUUGAGGAAUGCUCAUCAAACACUUAUUUGGAACAUCCCACAGGUGAGCAGGCUAAUUGGGAACAGGUGGGUGCCAUGAUUGGGUAUAAAAGCAGCUUCCAUGAAAUGCUCAGUCAUUCACAAACAAGGACGGGGCGAGGGUCACCACUUUGUCAACAAAUGCCUGAGCAAAUUGUUGAACAACAACAUUUCUCAACAAGGAAUUUAGGGAUUUCACCAUCUACGCUACAUAAUAUCAUCAAAAGGUUCAGAGAAUGUGGAGAUAUCACUGCACGUAAGCCAUGAUAUUACACACCUUGGAUCCCUCAGGCUGUACUGCAUCAAAAAGCCACAUCAGUGUGUAAAGGAUAUCACCACAUGGGCUCAGGAACACUUCAGAAAACCACUGUCAGUAACUACAGUUGGUCGCUACAUCUGUAAGUGCAAGUUAAAACUUGACUAUGCAAAGCCAAAGCCAUUUAUCAACAACACCCAGAAAGCCACAGGCAUCGCUGGGCCUGAGCUCAUCUAAGAUGGACUGAUGCAAAGUGGAAAAGUGUUCUGUGGUCUGACGAGUCCACAUUUCAAAUUGUUUUUGGAAACAGUGGACGUCGUGUCCUCCGGACCAAAGAGGAAAAGAACCAUCCGGACUGUUCUAGGGUGAAAGUGUAAAAGGCAGCAUGUGUGAUGGUAUGGGGGUGUAUUAGUGGCCAAGACAUGGGUAACUUACACAUCUGUGAAGGCACCAUUAAUGCUGAAAGGUACAUACAGCUUUUGGAGCAACAUAUGUUGCCAUCCAAGCAACUUUAUCAUGGACGCCCCUGCUUAUUUCAGCAAGACAAUGCCAAGCCAGGUGUUACAUCAACGUGGCUUCAUAGUAAAAGAGUGCAGGUACUAGACUGGCCUGCCUGUAGUCCAGACAUUGCAAAUGUGUGCAGGCUAAAAUAUGAGAAGGGAGACUGUUGAACAACUUAAGCUGUACAUCAAGCAAGAAUGGGAAAGAAUUCCACUUCAAAAAUGUGUCUCCUCACUUCCCAAACCUUUACUGAGUGUUGUUAAAAGGAAAGGCCAUGUAACACACUGGUAAAAAUGCCUUUUUUGCAAUGUGUUGCUGCCAUUAAAUUCUAAGUUCAUGAUUAUUUACAAAAAAGAAGAAAGUUUCUGAGUGUGAACAUGAAAUAUCUUGUCUUUGCAGUCUAUUCUAUUGAAUAUAAGUUGAAAAGGAUUUGUUGUAUUCUCUUUUUAUUUAGCUUUUACACAACCUGACAACUUCACUGCUUUUGGGGUUUGUACAUCCAAACAUGAAAUUGAAAUAUAAAUGUUACAGAAAAUGUAAAAGUUUGAGCAGGGAUUAUAUUACUUUAGUCCAACUGUUGGCAAGUUUUGAGCAUAUAAACAAGUGCAUUGGAGAAAAACAUUUUAAAAAAUAAUAUUUGAUGACAUUCUGUCAAUAAAAUUGCUGUGUGGAAAAAACUUUGAAGUUAAUUUAAAAUAUGCAAACAAUUUAUUGUGAUUAAAAAUGAAAUCUUCCUUUUCUAGCUGAAAAAAUUGGUAUAUUUAGCUAACUUGUAUUAUAUUUAGCUCGUUUUUUUCACAUUUGAGUAGAAAUUAAAUGGUAAAUUUGUAUUUAUUUUGUAUGUAUUUAUUUGAAAACACAAAAACACAAAAACAAAAACAUGUGCGGGAAAGGUUCAGAAAGCCCCAGGUCACAAUUAUUCAAACCUAAAUGUCAAAUCUAAAUGUUAAAUCUAUAUAUUGAAUGUAAAAUCUAAAUAUAGAAUGUUAAAUCUACAUUUAAAUGACAAAUGUUCAAUCUGAAUGUUAAAUAAUACAUGUUAAAUCUACAUUUGGAAUAAGGUCAAAUCUCAAUGUUAAAUCUACAUUCAAAUAAACAAUGUUAACUCUACAUUUGAAAUAAAUGUUGAAUCUAAAUUUUAAAUGUUAAAUGUAAAUGUUAAAUCUAAAUUUACAUAAAUGUUGAAUCUAAAUGUUGAAUCUACAUUCUAAUAAAAAAUGUUCAAUCUAAAUCCAAACAUGAAAUGGGAAAUAUAAAUGUUACAGAAAAUGUACAAAGUUUGAGCAGGAUUUGUGGUACUUAAGUCCAAACUGUUACCAAGUUUUGAGAGUAUAAACAAGUGCAUUCCAGAUUUAUUUGUCUUUUUAUGACAUUCUGUCUGUAAAAUGACUGUGUGGAAAAACCUUGAAGUCAAUUUCGAAUAUGCAAGCAAUUUAAAAAUGAAAUCUCACUUUUCUAGCUAAAAUAUUUGGUGUACUUAGCUCAUUUUUCUUCACAUUUGAGUAGAAAUUAAAUGAUAUUUAUUUUGUAUGUAUUUAUUUGAAAAGGCAAAAAAAUAACAAUGUAGGCAAAACAUGUGCGGGAAAAGAUGAGAAAGCUCCAGGUCACAAUUAUUCAAACCUAAAUGUCAAAUCUAAAUGUUAAAUCUAAAUGUUGAAUGUAAAAUCUAAAUACAGAAUGUUGGAUCUACAUUUAAAUAAUACAUGUUAAAUCUCAAAUGUUAAAUGAUACAUGUUAAAUCUACAUUUUAAAUAAGGUAAAAUCUCAAUGUUAAAUUUAAAUUUAAAUACAUGUCAAAUAUAAAUUUGAAAUGUUAAAUCCAAAUGUUAAUUGUAAAUGUAUAUAAAUGUUCAAUCUGCAUUCAAAUAAUAAAUGUUGAAUCUAAAUUAAAUGUAAAUACUGAAUGGUAAAUGUUCAUUGUUAAAUAUAAAUGUUAAAUCUAAAUAUGGAAUGUCAAAUUUGAAAUCCGUUUGUUAAAUCUAAAUGAUAAAAACUAAUUUUAAAGCCAAAUCCAAAUGUUAAAUUUAAAUGUUAAAUCUACAUGUUUGAGCAAAAAGUAUGGCACUUUUGUUUGAAAAAUAAAUGUGCUUGUUAAAAAGCUUUUGAAAAUGUUGCUCGAAGACAUCCAGACAGUCAAAGUGUUUUGUGUCCAAACUUUUCUUUUCAAGGGAUUUACUGCAAUUGAAAAUGAAAUCAGACUUUUCUAGCUGAUAUAUUUGGAGUGUUUUGCUCACUUUUCUCACAUUUGACCUAUUUUCUUCACAUUUGAGGUCCAAAAAUGAAUGUUGAAUCCAAACAUUAAAUAGUAAAUCUAAACGUUAAAUCUAAACAUUCAAUUUUAAAUGAAAAUCAAAAUGUUAAAUAUAGAUGUUUGAGUACUUUAGGUCAAACAGUUAGCAAGUUUUGAGCAAUGUAAAAGCUUUUUAAUGUUGGAUCAUGACAGCAAAGUUGCUUUGUCUAUUUUUAAAGUCCAUUUCAACGAUGUCAGUAAUGUCAAGUGUGAUGAAUGUGAUUGACAAGAUGAAUGUUUGACAGCACUAGUCAACAUUUCCUUCUCUUUAGUUCAAAUAUUCUGUAGACAAGCGCUUCUGACCCAGACAAAUCAAACUUUAACAUGUUGGAGUUUUGGCAUUUUCAAAAAUGUUGGCUGGUUAAUAAACUUUCUUAUGAACAUAUUGUUAAUAUUUGCUGGCUUAUUUUCCUUUCAAACGUGAUUCUUUGGAGCUGCUCCACAAAUCUUUAGAUGCUUUUCAAAUGAUACUUGGUUAAAAGAUGUCAGUGUGUCUACUAGAGGUGUGACUCUAUGAAGCAUUCAA